AAGUGUAUAAACAUGACAUCGUUGGCUUGAAAAUGUCAGCAACAGUCAGAAGAGGUGAAUGUUUGGAAACGUUUGGUAUUGUCACAGAACUGUAGUUCUAGUUCAAAUGAAUUGGGGAAAACGAAUUUGAAGAGCGUCAAUAAACUGUAGCCUUCCUCCCACUUUUGGACAUCUGCUGGUGUAUACAGACCGAUAAGGAUGUCUUCGCCCUCUUGCGGACAGUUGAACCUUGUGCGGACUCUGGCUACAUUGCUGCGGAAUGAUGGUGACUCUGUACUGGAUGGCAGCAGCACCCUGACUCUGCAGGUUAGCUGUCUGCAGCAUCUCACCCGCCUCUUCCAGCAGUUUCUCCACUCGCGGACCAAUCAGCACGGCUUCCUGGCCUUGGCGUCACACCCACCUGACACGCCCGCUAUGCUGCAAGUCCAGUUCCUCUUCGACAUGCUGCAGAAAACCAUCUCCCUCAAGCUCAUUAAUCCUCCUGGCGUCAGGCUCCAGUCGGCUGUGAAAAUCUUCCCCUUCAAAUCCCUCAGAUACUUGGAGCUGAAGCGCAUCCCCCCUCACUGUCUGGAGGGCCUGCGGGCUGUUUACUCUGAGCUGCAGGUCUUCAUCUGUUCUAGAAGUCUCUGCUCUUUACAGGAGCUCCUGUCUCUGUGUGGAGGGGAUCUCAGUUCAGCGUUGCCGUGGCUCGAGCUGCACACGCUGAACUUCAGCUACAACUCCAUCAGCUGCUUGGAUGAGUCUCUGAGAUUACUGAACGUGCUGAGGUCCUUGGACCUCAGCCAUAACAGGAUCCAGACCUGCGGGGAGUUUCUGCAGCCACUGGGUGACUUGCAGCAUUUGAACCUGGGGUACAAUUUUCUUCAAAGGGUGCCUGUAUUGGCGGUCAGCUGCAGGGCCACGCUUGUCAAACUGGUUCUCAGGAACAAUGAGCUGGAAACAAUUAACGGAGUGGAACAGCUCUGCUCCCUGCAGCACCUUGACCUGGCCUACAACCUGCUGAUGGAACAUUCCCAACUGGCCCCCCUGUCUCUGCUGCAUAACCUCAACACGCUUCAACUGGAGGGAAACCCGCUGCACUUUCACAAGAACCACCGUCUUUGUGCUGUGCGUCACAUAUCCCCAAAGGCAGCCUUCCGCAGACUCAAUCUGGACGGCUGCCUCCUCUCAUCAUGUGAGUUGGAGGUUCUGCGUAGGCUGGGACAGGUGAUUGGCCAGAUGCCACCGACCAUGUCCCAGACUGCCAUGGCAACAGAGAAGAGCCCCCAGGAGGUGUCCAGUGGGGCGGGGGAGAUGAGUGACAGUCUGUGUCUCAGUGAGCCGCCAGUGAAACCUCUGCACAAGAAGAAAUCCAAGACUAAAGUCAGAGUGAGGAGAGCCAGCAUCUCGGAGCCCAGUGACACAGACCAUGACCUCAGGACCCAGUCUAGUCUGCAGGACAUUGUGCUCCAUCACCAGAAGGACAUAGAGAGGAUGGAGACCUUCCGCCAUCAGCUCGGCGAAGACUGGCUGCUCUACCAUCACCACCUGGAGAAGCCGCGGGAAGCCGGCCGCUCGGAACCCGACCACCCGGGGGUCGUGAACGGCCACUGUGCCGCCCCCCCUUCAGAGAGCGCGGGUCCUCCUGACCAGGUGUCGCCGCCGUCCCAACUGGAGCAGAACGCCACCCCUCUGCUCACCUCUGAGCCCAAACAGGAGUGGCUGGAGCCGGAGGCCGACACAGAGUCCACCCUGCGGUGGCCUGGGCACGGGGUGGAGAACACGGACUCCACCCUGGAGACCAGCGUGGGGGAGAUUCAGCUCCCGGGGAACGGCAGCACCCCCCUCCAAAAGGAAGAGGAGGAGGAAGAGCUCGGGGUUGACCUGUGCCUACCCCUGCUUGUGGGAGUGCUGUCGGAGGGAGAGGAAGACCAGGGGAUGAAGACGGCCCGGGGUCCCCUGUUCCUGCGGGUGAAGUCGGGUCACAUGCUGGAGGUGGACAUGCAGAGUGGGCGUGUGCUGACCAAGCUGGAGCUGGACAGCCUGCGGGAGGUCACCACCUCUCUGGCCGCCUGGACGGAGAAGGAGGAGACACGCCUCCCGGCCGUGGAUCUGCACUUCAGCUACAUCAACCGCACGAGACGCCAGCGGCGCUACGUCAUGCUGGACGAGAACCCCGAGCAAAUGCAGCAGGCCUUGGCAGACAUCUUGUUUCAGGCGGUGGAGGAAAAUAAGCGCAGGGCUCCGCAAGGCCAUCAGCAGAUCGAACGCAUGCAGUGUCUGAAGUGCUGUGCUGAGUUCUGCCAGCAGGGGGCGAAGCAGAUUACUGGAAGGGAUUUGGGGGACCAGGAUGAGAGCAGACAAGCCGAUGGCGCAGGGAGUGCACUCAGCUGUCCCGUGUGUGGCAGUGAUCACGUGGUCCAGGUGGCAGACCAGUUGGCUCCCUCCACCAGUACUCCUGUCCAGGGAUCUUCUGAGGAGGAUGAUGCAAAUCGCGACUACACCUUUCAUGACUCCAGCGCUCAGGUACAUCGUCUCCAGGACCCUGCAUUAGGGGAGGCCAGUUUGACUACUGGCAGCCCUGCUCACAUGGAGACGGGGCUGUCGGACACCUUCCUCACCGCCCGGAGCCACACCUUCUACAUCGGGGAUGGGGAUGGAAGCAGCCUGACUGACAGGAGCCCCCCCUCCCAGCUCGCCGCCUUCCAAACCCCCAGUGGGCCUGCCAACGAGGAGCUGUACUCCAGCUACAAUUACACCAGCACCCCCGACACCAAGGCCACCCCGCCCCUCCUGGCCCCGCAUCUGAACAUGGAAGGAACCAACUUCGCUCCGUUUGACAUGAUCUCUGAGGACUGUGAGGUUGUGGACCACCGGCUGAAGCUCUUCCUUGAUGUGGAGGUGUUUGAGAGCGACUCUGAGGAGUUCCGCUGCCAUCUCAAGAUGUCCGCAGUGAAGUUUGGGAACCCUGUGGAGUUUCCGUCACUCUUGGUUGUGUCAGACCAGUCCAUCUACAUCCUAGAGAUUACCAUGGAAACACAAAGGCAGCCUUCUGAUGUGUUCCUGAAGAGAGGGGGUCAUCGUAUCACUGAGCUCAGCUACUUGGAGUUGGGCCUUGGGUCCCAGAGCAUCCACAUGGAGUUCGAAGAUGGGGGGUCUGCCUACACCCUGCUCGUACGAGACCGCCCCCGCUGCAAGCAUUUCUUUGGACUCCUCACAGGAAUCGCGAAAGAACUUGCUCCAAAAUCCAACAGCAAACUCAAGUCCAUCUCCAGCACCCGCCUGAACCCACAGCACCACCUCUGGUCACUGCUGUGCGAUAUCAGCCAAGACGUUGAGCACUAUCAGCCCCAGUUCCUGUAUGUCCUGGCCUUCAUCAUGUCUGGUGGCAGUUUGAGCCCAGUGACAGUACUGGUGACUCCGGAAACGAUGUACCUGCUCAACGAAGACCACCAAUGGCGCAAGAGCUUGCCUGAUGCAACACCCAGUGAGCACCCAUCAUCCAGUGGAAGUGUCGUAGUUCAGGAGACUCAGCCAAUCAGCUGUGUCAGCUCGGUCCAUUUGUUCGCCUGUGACCCCUGCAGAGUCAACAUUAACAUUUAUGAUGAGGUGGAGAAAGAGGAGAGGCUAUGGGUGCUGCUUUCUGGGAGCGCCGAGCUGACUCAGGCCCUGGUGGACUGGGUCAGGACCCGGUGGGAGGCCAUGUUUGGGGUCCGGCUGAUGACUUCCAUUCAGGAAGCAGGAUCCUGAGCACCGCCCUUGCAGCCUCUACACGUCUGGACGGACACGCGUUCUGGGCCCAGGACCCACAAACUCGUCCUCAUUUCUGAAGUCUGGGAGGAAGGAGUGCAGUUUUGUAGCCUCCUCUGAAAGACAGAGCACAGGGUUUUUGUAGCACUUAAAUAAGGGACUUUUUGUAUUGUUAGUGAAAGGGAAUCCAGUCACAAACUGAGGGAAAGCAGUUGGAAAAAGGACUUGUGUGUUUCACCCAAACCGCGCAGCCUGAAAAUGAGCAUCCCGAUGGUCCAUGGAAUGUGCAUUAUAUUUCUUGCAAAAGAAUCUCUUGGUUUCUUC